GCGGUGUGUGAUGAAUUUCUUGGUGCUAAGUGGGGACUAACUAUGGACACCCAGAAGGACAUUCAACCCCCAAAGCAGCAGCCAAUGAUAUAUAUCUGUGGAGAAUGUCACACAGAAAAUGAAAUAAAAUCCAGGGACCCAAUCAGAUGCAGAGAAUGUGGAUACAGAAUAAUGUACAAGAAAAGGACUAAAAGAUUGGUGGUUUUUGAUGCUCGGUGA